AUGGCAACCACCACCACUAGCCCGGCAGUGGCCACCACAUCCUCAACGACCACCGCAGAUACGCAACGACCACCGUCCUUCAAAGGUAUAGACCACCUCAAGCUCCCCGUGCACUCACUGAAACGCACUCUGGAGUUCUACACCACAGUGUUUCCCUUCGUUCACGCGCCGCACUGGGACCACUUCACGCCGGACCACAAGCUCUUCGCACAGAUGUUCGUGUACGAGCCUUUGGGCCUGAUCGUGGAGGCACGCUACAACCCGGCUCAAGCAGAUGCACAGCGAGGCUGGGAUCCCAUCACGUGGGGUGUCGGCACGCGGAAGGAUCUGGAGGAGUGGACGGCGUGGUUCGUCAAGCAUGGCGUGGUGCACAGCCCGAUCUUUACGGGCAUCAAGGGCUGGGUGAUGGGCUGUGAAGAUCCGGAUGGCAGGAUUGUCAGGCUGUAUGUCCAGGACGAGGAGCAUGAGUGGACAGAUCAUCCAAGUCGUGAUGAGAAGUGGUUGGGCACUGUCGUGGCGGAUCCGGCGACGUAG